AUGACGGGACCGACUACAACUCCGCGCUACAGCGUCGAGGAUUUCGAGACCGCCUCUAUCCGUUCGGCUGCCCCUUCCUAUGUCUCGGACACGCCAUCCUAUCACACCCUCCCGUACAAUCACAACGAAACCAUCCCGCCCUACAGCCCGCCGGCCCCGAGGGCAGCUCCAUUGCCAUCGAGUGCUUCUCCCCCCUUAUUUGCGCCUGGCCGUCAUGGAACUUCAUCGACCCGCCGGCAGACCGUGGGCCUGCCUCCUCUCCCCCCCGUGGCACCCCAAGGCGCCAUGUCCAUGCAGAACUUCCACCCCCCGACGUGGUCCGCCAACAACGGCCCGGCGGCUCGUCACUACCGAAACGUAGCUGAGCGCCGAAUCACGUCCGGUCGAUACGCGGCACCGGCAGAGCCCGCGAGGCACCAGAACGCCAAUGACAGAGCCCUGGACAACGAGACGGACACCGCUGCAGACGUGCGGCCCUUGGAGGAUCCGUACCUCGUUGGCGAGGUCGCAGCGGCACAGGCUCGUCGUGAAAGGCUGGCCCGUGAAUCUGGUGACGAUAUCCUUGUCCGGGAGGACAGGCAGUGGGAUUGGCUUCUCGCACAAAUGAGAAGCUGGGACGAGCGCGAAAGGACCUGGGCCCGUUUCCGCCGCGAGGUCGAACACACCCAACGCAAGAGACUGCUCCGCCGUAUUGGCGGUCGGCUGCUGCCGACUUAG